AUGCAGCUAUUUUGUAGGCUCCGAACUCACCAGUGGUGUUUUAUGCUCGUCAGUGUGGCCCUUUUCCACAUUUUGCUCUUCGGAGCCGAUCUGCUGGAAGAAUACUUCUUACAAGCCAUCCCCACCACUUACAUGGACAUGAAAGUCCUGAGAGCUCGGGAAAGAGCCCGGAUACUGGACAUGUCCUCCAUGAAAACCAACAUCUCCAAGGCUUAUGUUCUUAGCAACCCAGAAGCUUGCUCCAAACAAGAGAUCUUCCUGCUGGUUCUCAUCUUCAGUAGCCCCGAAAACCUGUCCAGGCGCAACGCAAUUCGAAAAACGUGGGCCAACGUGACCGACAUCCAAGGUUACACCACUCUGGCCUUGUUUGUGUUGGGUGAGCCAUCUUCAGCUAGCGCCCAAAUGGAGGUCAUCAAGGAAUCAGACCAGGAACAGGAUCUAAUCCAAGGAAUCUUUCUUGAUAGCCCAGAGAACCAGACGCUGAAGAUCAAGAGGGCCAUAGAGUGGACCGUCACUUAUUGUCCCCAGGCCAGGUUCAUUCUCAAGGUAGACCAGGAUAUGUUUGCCAACCUCCAAACCUUGGUUGAAUACUUGCUCAACUUAAGAACUCGCCCGGAAGACAUCUAUCUUGGGAGGGUGGUUCAUCAAAACGUCCCUAGCGAAGAAUCCCAAAAUGGCACUUUUGUCUCCGUGAAAAAAUAUCCUGAACGGUACUAUCCCGACCACUGCAGUGCUACGGCCUUUGUCAUCUCACAAGAUGUUGCUCGGAAGAUCUACGUAACAUCUGGAGAAGUUCCUCUUUCCCUACCCCCUGGCAUCUUUGUGGGUGUCUGUGCAAGGGCGGCCGGCGUGGCGCCCGUCCACAGCUCCCGGUUUUCUGGGGAAAGACGUAUCUGGUACAACCGAUGCUGCUAUCAAUAUAUUUUCACUUCCACUGUUUCAGAGACCAGCCAGCUUCUCCAGGAAUGGAGGGAGAUGAACGGCAGUAAAGACUGCACGUUCCUGGAAACCUAUUAUGGGCUGGUGUCCUGCAGAAUCAAGACGUAUCUGGACGGGUUGAAAGCUUUGCGAGUCAACGCCGUUCAGAAAGAGGCUCUGUAUUUUUCUGACUAG